GGCAGACCUCGCUAGCAAGCAAAGCUGAGCUUUACUGCUAAGCCUGCUGAGCGGCAUUCAUUCGCAUGCACAGGGGCUGUGGUGGUGCAGAUCCAUCAUCAUCAUCCUCAUCUUCAUCUUCCUGCGCUCCCUCGCGCCCCGAUUUUCGCCUCAGGUUGGCCUUUGUAACCGACACCAAGCACUCAUUUCUUCUCUCCCCUGAAACUAAUCCUCCGGAGUCAAAGAGCGGAACCGAAAUAGAUUCUCAAGUCGAGGAGUAAUGGUAUCUGGUGUUUCGAGGCAUUUAAUGUUUCCGUUGACGCUGUCUUAUACCCAGCUUCGGGAGUGGGCGGGAUUUGAGGCGGUUGCAGAAAACUGAUAGAGACUCCUGAACUGCGGUUGGGAGCGAUGUUUUGGUGAAUCAUGUCUGUGGGUUUCGUCUGAGAUUUCUCGUUCUUGGAGGAGGAGGGGGAAGGGGGAAGAUGUUGGCGGGAAUGCACACCGGAUACGGUGUCGGCUUCUUUUUGGGGGUUUGGUUUUUAGCGAUGUGACGCUGGAGGUGGAUGUGACGGAACGCUCCACCGUGGUUGUUCGUUUGAGGUACGGCGGCAUUGAUAUGUAAGGUGAACUGUGAUGGUUGGGAUUCGAUGUCAGAGCGGAGAAGCUAUGGGUGCUCCGAAUGGGGGCUUCGUGUGCCGGUUUUUGCCCUGAUUCGUUGGUUUAGCGGAUCGGCAGCGAGGAGCUUUUGACGGUUAUCGUCGCGUGGGGACGUUUCCGCGACUUGUUUGGGGGACUCUCGGGGUUUGUAUUAUAUGUAUGUAGUGAACACGCGAAGGGGAACCGGUCAGGCGUUGCGGGGGAAGAAAGGGAUCGUCAGCAACCGGCUCAGUUUGGCUGUUGGGAGUUGGUCUUCAGCCAGGCAGCGGGGGAAAGAGAGGUGUGAACAAAGAUGUGGGGGGUCAUCAGGCGGGAGGCUGUCUUGCGAAAUCUUUUCUUUGUGAUGCCAGCAACGAAGAGUGGCAUGUAGAGUGAAGAGUGGAAGGUUUAGCUUAAUAUGAUUUUAAUCAUGGUCAACCCAUUCAAAGGAGAUUUUCGUCUUACGAAGUUGCGUGCUGCCAUUCCUCGGCCCGUGGGCGGCUUCAGGAGAGUUGACGGGUGUAGAGGAUGGUAUCGACGCCAACAUUCAAGCACUUGUAUCCUUUGAGGGAUUUUUGGAGAAGAGGAGGCGGUGAUUUUCAUUAGCCUGUGGUUAUCUGGAAGAGGGCCUGAGCGUCAAGAACUUUUAGGUCUAGGGAUAUUGUAGAGCUGGAGAGUUUCACUAGGGUUGGACUGGCUGUGGGGGUAGUUGAACCAGGAAGCAGGGUAAGCUGGAGGCAGAUGCGAGCAAGGCAGAAUAUUGCUUGCAAAGAGCCUAUUGUAGCCAGGGGGUAGAGUAGAGGAACUGGGAGAAAAUGGCGCAGCUUUCGGGUUUGGAGCUGGCAGCUUAUGACAAAAACCCUGUGCACGCCGCUGUAGCACGGCGAGACCACAUUACCCUGCAGCGUAUUCUGUCGAAGUUGCCACGUCCUUCAAAAGCGGGAGAGGUGACAACAGAAGCGGAGUCCAUUGCUGCAGAGGAGCGAGCGGACGAAAUUUCGAAAGUGAUAGAUAGGCGUGAUGUGCCAGGUCGUGAGACACCAUUGCAUUUGGCUGUGAGGCUCGGAGACGCGGAUGCCGUGGAGAGGUUGAUGAGUGCUGGAGCAGACUGGAGCUUGCAAAACGAGCAGGGUUGGAGUGCAUUGCAGGAAGCUGUAUGUGCGAGAGAGGAGGAAAUCGCCAUCAUUAUCACGCGGCACUACCAGCCCAUGGCGUGGGCCAAGUGGUGCCGACGUCUGCCGCGCCUCUCAGCUACCAUGCAUCGGAUGCGGGAUUUUUACAUGGAGAUUUCUUUUCAUUUCGAAAGCUCUGUCAUCCCUUUCAUAGGUCGCAUUGCACCGUCUGAUACGUACCGGAUAUGGAAACGGGGCUCCAAUCUCAGAGCUGAUAUGACACUAGCAGGCUUUGAUGGGUUUCGAAUCCACAGGUCUGAUCAGAGCUUCGUGUUUUUGGGUGAUGGAAGCGAAGAUGGAAAACUUGCACCUGGUUCUCUUUGUGUCCUGACCCACAAGGACAAGGAGGUUGCUAAUGCAUUGGAGGGUGCUGGAUUACAGCCCUCAGAGUAUGAGAUUGCACAAGAAGUUGCUGCCAUGUCAAGGACAAACAUGUACAGGCCAGGUAUUGAUGUCACUGAGGCGGAACUUGUGGCUCAAACUUCUUGGAGGCGACAAGAAAAGACGGAAUUGGUUGGAGCAUGGAAGGCUAAAGUUUAUGACAUGCACCAUGUUCAGGUCAGUGUUAGAUCUAGAAGAGUUCCUGGUGCUAUGACGGAUGAGGAGUUAUUUGCAGUCGAUAGUGACAGAGUAGACACAGAGGCAGAUGAAGACUAUAGCAAUCUGCUCACAACUGCAGAGAAAGAGCAGCUAGAAAAUGUUCUGAAGUCAGAGCAUUUGGAUGAAGAGGACCGCUCUGGUGGUGCAGGAAGACUGGACCAUGAGUUGCAAAAUGGAAAUUAUGAUUGCUCGAACGAAGAUUUAAGUGAUGGCUUUCCAGACGACGAAUCUGACCCUCAUAAACAAUCACCCCACGAGAAUGGGAAUGGUGAAUUGUCUGGCUCUUCUAAAGACGAGAAGAGGAGUCGUUGGUAUGCUUGGGGAAAGAAGAGUGUCAAAGGUUCUAAGAAGCUGGAGCCUCUGAGUGAUUCAGGCCACUCAAAUUCUGAAGCUCCUAAGAAAUCCAAACAAGUCCUUGAAACAAAGUUAGUGAAGCAAAGGAAAUCGGUGGAUGGUCGGAGGUCUGUAGAUAGUCAGUUGGCUGCAUAUGAAAACCAGAAUCGGCUGUCAGUAGAUCGGCGACCGUCUAAUGUUGACGACCUGGUUACGAAAGGAAAGGGGAAAGAACUGAAGAGUGGUAGACAUAGUACGAGUAGUAAAGAGCUGAUCAAGAGCAGGUCCCGUCGUGGUGCUGCCAAGCCUGAGGCUACACCGGAGAGUGAGUACAAAAAAGGACUGAGGCCAAUAUUGUGGCUGACACCUGACUUCCCUUUGAAGACCGAGGAAUUGUUGCCGCUUCUGGACAUUUUGGCAAACAAGGUCAAGGCAGUUCGGCGAUUGCGUGAAUUGCUCACCACAAAGUUGCCCCCAGGAACCUUUCCUGUCAAGGUGGCUAUUCCCGUGGUGCCCACCAUCAGAGUGGUUAUCACAUUCACUAAGUUCGAGGAAUUGAAGCCGUCGGAAGAGUUUUCAACCCCCUUAUCCAGUCCCAGGCAUUUCAGUGACGCCAAAUCAGAACCAGAUGCAGCGCCAGCCCCAUCUCAGAACUCCUGGCUGCACUGGAUGAGAGGUGCGCCAGGGCCAGGUAAGAGCGCUGCAGUGAGCAGCUUGGAGGAUCAGCUUGAGGAAGAAGCUGACCCAUUUAUGAUUCCUCCGAAUUACCGAUGGAUUGAUAUGGAAGAGAAGAAACGCCGCAUGCGUGAAAAGAAAGGCCGAAGCAAGAAGGCCAAGAAGCCUCCUCGACCUCCAUCCUCGCAGGACGUGGACACCAGCACUUAGAUUCUAGCAUUGAGUUUGUGAGUAGCACUGUUUGUAGAUUGAUACAUGAUAGGUGUUCAGCUGGGGCUAAUCCAAGCUUGGUGGCGCUUGGAGAAGCUUGGUGGUGCUUGAAGGAGCUUGAAGGGGCUUGAAGCAACUUGCUAUAUUGUUAAUGAGUAGUCAUUUAUACUGUCGAGCUGGUGUUGAAGGCAGCAAUUGUCUGGAUAUUAUUUUGCGGUGCCCUUUUUGCUUGUCUGUUUCAAGACCACAUCUUGUUAACUUUUCCAUAGUUGAGAUUUCGCUUCUAUUUUAGUGUUCAA